CCUUACCGUCGCAUGCGGGCGCGCUAGGCCAGGCCCAGCGGCUCCGCACGCGAAGCCUCGCGCCCCGUUCCCUCUCUCCGCGACGCCGGACCCCGGCGGCGACCUCCAGCACCCACAGGGGCAGGUAAGCGGCGCAGCGGUCGUCCCGACACCCCGGGCCCGGUUGGGAGAAGGCCCUGCGGCUUCGCCUCAGUCGGUGCGGCGGGCGCCCCCUGCCGGCCGAGAGCACGUGGGAGGUGCGGCGCCGUCACCGCCGCCGCAGGGAUGCCGUCGGGCUGUUCGCCGGCCGCUCCCAGGCUGCAGUACCGCAGUUCCCGCUUGCUCCGCGCCGCCUUCCUGCGCCUGCACCAGCAGCAGCAGCGAGCGGACGUCUUCUGCGACGUGCUCCUGCGGGCCGAAGGGGAGGUGGUGGCCGCGCAUUGCUGCGUGCUGGCGGUGUGGAGCCCGUUCUUCAUGGAGCGCCUGGCCCGCCAGCCGCCCCACGCGGGGCGCCGCGUGGUGCUGGAGCUCGGGGGGCUGAAGAUCGCGACUCUGCGCAAAGUGGUACGCUUCCUGUACACGGCCGAGCUGGAGGCCUCCCGGGAGGAGGUGCGGGACGUGCUGGCGGCCGCCCGCCGGCUUCGCGUGGCCGUGCUCGAGUCGCUGCAGCUUCGGGAGGACGACCUGGUGCAGCCCGGGCGCCGCUGGCAGCUCGACCGCAGCUGUCUGCGCGGCCUCGGGUCCGGCGGCGUUCCCCUAGCGGACGCCCCCCGAGAACGGCCGCUCCCUCCAGACACCGUGGGUCCGGCCCGCCCCGUGGGGCGGCUGAAACUGAGGAGGAUGGAAGGCCGACGCGGCUGGGAGGUGGUGCAGGAUGGGCAGUUCUCUCUGGAGCCCCUCACCGUGGAGACCCGAACGGUAACAGAGCCGUGGCUGCCACAGGCUGCCGGUCGGCUGCCAGAAGACAACCUGGAGGAGGAGGUGGAUGUGGGGACAGAGCAGCCGUGUUUGCCUCCCGGCACCGCGUGCGUCUACCCAAGCCCCUCAUCCGAGUCAGAUGGGGAGGUGGAUGUCAUUGGCUAGGGGAGCUGCUAAC